AUGUCCGACGCAGAUUGCGGCGCCUGUUGCGCACAAUGUUGCGGGAUCUUCGCUCUGUGCUCAUUCGCCGCCUGCGCACCUUUCAUGAACACAGUAACAUGCGGCGCAAACGGCUGCUGCAACUCCAACACAACAGCAGGCUGCUGCAACUCAUGCUUCAGCUCCAAAUUCAACGAGGACAACUUUGAAGCUGAGCUCCAGCGGGACAUGGAGAAAACGAGGGACCCCAACGCGCCGAUACAACAAGGGCAGGGUUUUCAGAAUGUUCAACCGGGUGCGACUGGGGGUAUGAUGGCUGAGAGGCCGUCGUCAUAG